AUGGUCAAGCUACGCAUUCACAAAAAUCUAGAAUAUGAAGAAUAUGUACAACCUUGCAGUGGAUUCCUAAUUUCCCCACGUCACGUAUUAACGGCCGCACAUUGUGCGACGAACCAGGACGAGCGUAAGGUCCACUUAGAAUGCAUAGGAAAACUAAAGAAUUACGUGCCAUCGGAAGUCAAGCCGAAGGAUUUCAUCAUAUAUGUCGGAACCCGUUGCAACCCUCCUGAAAAAUGUAAUACUACGCACGCAGUCUCGAAGGUUUCUGUCGACAAAAAAUACAAACGGUGCGUGCAAGCGAAGGAGGAUGAUUUCCCGCUGAAACAACACGACCUUGCUAUCCUCGAACUCAGUAAAGAAGUUAGCAAAAAGGAUGCCAUCCCAAUUUGCUUACCACACAGUAAACUUGGGCUACCAAAAGAACUCCAGGUCGCAGGAAGUGGAUGGGAAAGUUGUAAGCUUACAAUAUAA